AUGGCAGACAAGAAGGAAACCGAGGAGAUUGAUUACACUCUCAAUAACCCCGAUACCCUUACCAAAUACAAGAGUGCUGCUGCCAUUUCUCAGAAGGUUUUGGAGGCUGUUACUGCUCUUUGCGUUGCUGGAGAGAAGAUCGUCACCAUCUGCGAGCAGGGUGACAAGCUUCUGGACGAGGAGAUUUCCAAGGUCUACCGUGGAAAGAAGAUCUCAAAGGGAAUUUCUCAUCCUACCACCGUCUCCCCAUCUUCCUUUGUCACGCCAUACACCCCACUAAAGUCCGAUGAGGCCGAAGCUGCUGUCACAUUGAAGGAGGGAGAGGCUAUCAAGAUCCAGUUGGGUGCACAAAUUGAUGGUUUCGGAACAAUUGUCUGCGAUACCAUCAUCAUUCCAACUGCUGACAACAAGGGCACAAUCGAGGGUCGGGAUGCUGAUCUUCUACUGGCUACAUACUGGGCGAACGAGCUUCUAUUACGGUUGAUGGUUCCACCAGGACUUUUGGCCACUGGUACAGAUGAGGAGAAGGCAAAGGCAGCAAAGGUCAAGGCCCCAACUCAGAGCAAGAUCACCAGUUUGUUGGAGAAGGUUGUGAAGAGCUACGACUGCAACUUGGUAGAGCACACCACCAGUUGGCAAUUUGAGCGAAAUGAGAUUGAGGGAAAGAAGAAGAUUAUCCUUUCUCCAGGUGAUGGAACUAAGGGAGAGGGUAUCCCAGAGGUUGGUGAUGUUUGGGGUGUUGAGAUGGGCGUCAGUGCCGGAACCGGAAAGAUCAAGAACUUCGAGAACAGAACUACACUCCACAGACGUACAACCCUUACAUACGCCUUGAAGAGACCUAGCUCCAAGAAAGUUCUUAACGAGGUUAUGAAGAGAUUUGGUGUCUUCCCAUUCAGUUUGAGACAACUUGAGGAUGAGAGAGAUGCCAAGGUUGGUGUUGUUGAGUGUGUACGAGGAAACGUUCUCCGUGCAUACGAGGUUGCAGGAGAUAAGGAUGGUGCUGCUGUUGGUAGACUUUUGACCACAAUUGCAAUCACCAAGAAUGGUCUCCAAAGAAUCGCCGCACCACCAUCCCCAGACCUCUCCAAGUUCAAGACCGACAAAAAGAUCACCGACGAAGAAGUCCUCAAGAUCCUCGAGCAACCCCUAGCCAAGGAAGCCAAAGCCAAGAACAAGAACAAGAAGAAGAAGCCAGCCAAGAAGGCCGCCGCAGCUGCUGAUGACGAUGAUGAGGAGAGCAGUGAUGAGGAGUAA